AUGGUCAUAACUGAUUAUGUGUCGACUGCAAACGCGAUUCCAACAGCACAUGUGGCAGACUAUGUUAAGUGUUUCCAAGAAGCAUUGGACAGCGAUUUCGCUAAGACCAAUGAUGCAAAUCGAAGUCUGGUCGCUUUAGAUGAAGGAGCUCUACGGCUGGAAUUGUCUGCAACAAUUUGUGUCUUCCAUUCGACGUGGAAGGCGAAAUACACGUUUGACCUAGAUCCUGUGUCAGUAAAUCAGAUUGACGUGUUAGAAUCCAAACUGCGUGAUCAGCAGGACGAAAUCGAAAAGCUUAAAAAACAGCUUAAAAGUGGGGAAAACCCAUCGUAUAUAAAGCUCACAACCUCAACCAAGCAGGGCAACUCUAUUUUAUGCUGGAAUCGUGCACAUUCGACGGAAUUUGAAUCAAACGGCGUGGAUGGAGUGAUCAAGAUCCGACGUAAGGGUGUUUACAUAAUUGGAGCUAUUGUCAAUGCAGUGUCGAAUGUCAAUCAAAAAGUUCAGCUGAUGAAGAAUGACAAUCCAAUUCAGGUAGUGACUGCCGGUUAUUAUGGAGGGCACGGCGGCUCAACUGUUGUGAAUACUAUCGAGCAAUUGGAGGAAAACGACAAGCUGACAAUUACUUGCUUGGCGAACCUCGCGGAUACUUCUUACUUAACAAUCCUUCGACUUGAGAACUGA